AUGAGGCUGUUGAAGAUACUCUCCAUAUCUUGUGUCAUUGCAAAGAGCGCAUGGAAGUUCAGGAAACCUCCACCAAUUGGAAAAUGGAAGCUAAAUCUUGAUGGGGCUAUCUUCACUCAACAUAAUCUAUUGGGAGUAGUAGCUAUCUUGAGGGAUGAUUCUGGAAGUAUGAUUAUGGCAAUUUCGAGAAGGGAAGCAGGUACUUAUAUUGUGGAGGAGAUUGAGGCUCUUGCUUCUUUGAGGGAAUUACAAAUGAUCCUCCAUAUGGGAAUACCUCAUGUGAUUCUUGAAGGAGAUACACUAACUGUUGUGGAGGCUAUUAGAUCAAGUUGUGAAGAAGAAUGCAGUUACAGCCCUCUAAUAAGAGAGAUUCAAGCUUUGUUAUUGCACUUCCAUUCAUUUGAUGUUUUGCAUGUUACUAGGCAGGGAAAUGAGGCAGUGCAUCGAUUGGCUAGAAAUGCACAAUGGAUGGAUGAUACUAUUCAAUGGUGGCACAAUCCGCUGGAUUUUAUUCUGAGCAAUUUAGAAAUUGAUGUUGAAGGCCUUUAUGCUAUGUAG